AGAAGACACACCUGGAUCAGCGCUACACAGAAUCCAACCUAGCAACACCAAGAACUAUGGCACAAUCUACAGGAAAUAGUCUCUCUAUCAUCACCUGGAACACUUGUGGUGUUAAACCAACAAAAGGCCUCCCAAAUAAGUUGAUUGAUAUAAUGAACUUUGGCAAGAAACAGAAAGCUGAUGUAAUCUUCCUUCAAGAAACUCAUAUUGGACCUAAAUGUUACAAUGAGAUAAAUGAAGUGAGAGGUUGGACCUCUUACUUUACCGUUUACUCUCCGAGGAGCAAAGGAGUGGCCAUACUGGUGAAUAAAAACAUACCACACUAUCAGUACAUCUGCAAUGAUGAAGAUUACGCUGGUGGCUACAUUGUCCUGUUCUGUCAGAUGUAUGGUCAACUCUUCACUCUUGUGAACGUGUACAAUCAUAAAGAAGACAAGCAAGUACUGGGGAGGCUGUCCCAGUAUCUUCAGGAUAUGAUAACAGGCAUCUUAGUGAUUGGAGGGGAUUUCAACACAGUCCUUGACCCUGACUUUGACAGGAUCUCUGCAUCUGAACAUAGACAGCACACAGCCUUGAGGCCUCAUCUGGAAGAGUUCAUCUCCUCACGGAAACUAGUGGACAUCUGGGCAAGUCUACACCCAAAUGAACAAGCCUUCACUCGCUCUCAGAACACCAGCCACUCCCGGUUAGAUAUGUUCUUCAUGCAACGGGACAAAGCCCCAUGUGCCCAGAGCUGUGAGAUUCACACUGUCCCAGGGAUUUCAGAUCACUACCCUGUGUCUCUGAAGAUCCAUGUUCCUGAAAUAAGAAGCAUGUUAACAGAUGUUCAUCAAAAGCUGAGGAUGUUAGGAGACAGCAAACUAAAAUACAAGACCAAAUUAGACAGAAGAGCAGGAAGAAUCAGUGGGGCAGAAGUCCUUGUGGCAAUGAAAUCCCUGACCGACUCAUCAAAUGGAUCAAGGGAAGAGGACCUCAUGGAAACAGAGAUAUUAAAGCAUGAAUACAAUGAAAUACUCAGGACGAAGAAAAUUCCAGAGGGAUUCAAUAUGUCACUGAACCGAAAGUACAAAAUAUUUGCCACAAUACUUGCCAACCGUCUGCAGAUAUACCUAGCACCCUUGUUCAGAGGAAGGAGCAAGACACCACCACAGAGCUUGCCAUGCAAAGUUUUCCUGGACAGGAAACCAUCGAUUAGUUGGGAAUUCUUAAAAAAAGCACUGAAGUCUGUUGGCAUAAUUCAGUCUCCCCCUAGAGACUUCACAAUCCUAAAGCAGGUGCUUCCUGAGGACUUGGGCAUCUUGUGGAAGUUACUCCCAAUGGUUGAAGGUUCUUGGGGUCACAAAAAAAAACUAAAGCAUCACUGCCCCCUCACCCCAGCUCUACUCCACCUGUGUCUGAAGUACAUGGAGCACCGAGUCCAGAAGACAGGCACAGUCCUUAGUGUUAGUCUUAGUGAGUCUUUUGAUACACAUGGAACAAGAGAAACAGCGUUCUGUGGACAAGCUGCUCUCUGAAAUCAGAAAGGAGUCUGGCCUGAGUUUGAAGGUAACAUUUUAAGCAGAAGAUGGACAUUCAAAUUCAAUGUUCUUAGAAAAAUAUUAGAAACUGGUAUUGUUCUCUAAAUGUGGAUAUGGCCUUCAGCUUCACAAUGAGAUAAAUAAAAUUACAUUAAAAUAUAAGGAACUACAUCCAUGAAGUGUUGAACCAGUGCUGUUCAGCAUAAACAAUCAAAUAAGAGGAAUUAGACUUCAUGUCCAGGGAUGUUGGAUAUCUGGUCCUAUACAUUACUACCUAUAUUAUUGUACAUUUAUUAUCAAACAAAUAGGUUAUUUAGAUGUAGGUGUUCAUGUUGCUGUAUUCAUGGUUGUAUAUCUGUCUUGAUAGGAAUAUAAAUAACUACUGUAGCUAUAUAUUAUACUGUACAGAUGUUUGAGGUAACCUAUGAUGUAUGAAGGAGAAGUGCUUCCAGGAGUGUACAAGUCACUGUGGUAUCAGGGCUCUUCCUGUCAGGUUUGAAGGGAAGACCCAGAUGCAGACAACGUCAAAUUAACAACAGUUUAAUAGUCCAACAGGGGCAGGCAAUAGACAGGUCAAUGGCAGGCAGGGGUCAGUAAACCAGAGGUUGGGCAAAGGUACAGGACGGCAGGCAGGAUCAAGGUCAGGCAAAGUGGUCGGGCAGGCGGGCUCAGAGUCAGGACAGACAAGGGUCAAAACCAGGAGAGCGAGAAAAAGAGAGACCGGGGAAAAGCAGACGCUGAGACAAAACCGCUGGUUGACUUGACAAACAAGACGAACUGGCACAGACAGACAGAAAACACAGGUAUAAAUACACAGGAGAUAAUGGGGAAGAUGGGCGACACCUGGAGGGGGGUGGAGACAAGGACAGGUGAAACAGAUCAGGGUGUGACAGUGCCAAACAAUAUUAUGUUCAAUGCACAGGAGUAUGUUCCUAAUGAGACCUCAAGGACCUCAGAUGACCUUGUGGUUUGAUCGGCCAUUGUAACCUGAGAAACCCAGUAGAAUAUUGAGCUGAGUUUAUAUUUUAUGUAUUUGGUGUGUAUUUGCAUGUUUGUGUAUUUGGUGUGUAUUUGCAUGUUUGUGUAUUUGGUGUGUAUUUGCAUGUUUGUGUAUUUGGUGUGUAUUUGCAUGUUUGUGUAUUUGGUGUGUAUUUGCAUGUUUGUGUAUUUGGUGUGUAUUUGCAUGUUUGUGUAUUUGGUGUGUAU